UGACCCGGAAGCGGAAGUAGGUACGGGUCGGCGGCCGCGGCGGGGACGGAAGGCGGAAGCAGAGCGGGAGCGGGAGGCGGAGCCGGAGGAGCUGCUCUUGUGGCUCCGCCUGGCCCCAGGCCCAGCUGCUCGAGGGGGAGGAGUUACCGCCGCUCUUCGGCAUCAGAACAUACCAUGAUGGCUGUGACCUAAAACCCUCAGGAAGCCCCUGGGUCAUGGCCCAGAAGCACCCCGGAGAAAGAGGGUUGUGUGGAGCCCACCACAGGGGUGGUGCCUCCCUCAGGACUUCAGGACCUUCCGUGGACCCUGAAAUACUUUCAUUCUCAGGACUCAGGGACUCAGCAGGGACUGCUCCUAAUGGUACCCGCUGCCUCACAGAGCACUCUGGUCCUAAGUACACACAGCCCCCAAACCCAGCCCACUGGUCGGAUCCAAGCCAUGGCCCCCCAAGGGGUCCAGGACCACCUAGGGAUGGAGAGGAACCUGAUCAGAGUGAGGCAUCUUCAGAAGAAGAGUCAGGAGUGGACCAUGAACUCUCAAGAGAGAAUGAGGCUGGGUACCAGGAGGAUGGGAAUCCUUCUUUUCUUUCCAUUCCAUCUGUUUGCAACUGCCAGGGAGCCCUUGGAAUCCCUGAAGGUCUUUACUCUGAGGGAGGAGAUGGCUCUUCUAGCAACUUUUGCCACCACUAUACCUCUCCAGCCUUGGGGGAAGAUGAAGAGUUGGAAGAGGAAUAUGAUGAUGAAGAACCUCUUAAGUUCCCCCGUGACUUUUCACGUGUGUCCAGUGGAAAGAAACCCCCAUCCCGGAAACAGCGACACCGCUUUCCAACCAAGGAGGAUACUCGGGAGGGUGGACGUAGAGAUCCCAGGUCCCCUGGUCGACAUCGUCUGGGCCGGAAACGAAGUCAGGCAGAUAAACGCAGAGGCCUGGGAUUGUGGGGAGCAGAGGAACUAUGUCAGCUUGGACAGGCAGGCUUCUGGUGGCUGAUUGAACUGCUGGUAUUGGUGGGAGAGUAUGUGGAAACUUGUGGCCAUCUAAUCUAUGCAUGCAGGCAACUGAAAGGCAGUGAUCUGGACCUUUUUCGAGUUUGGAUGGGAGUGUGGGCAGGGUGGCUGGGGGGCUGGGCCCAGGUGAUGUUCCAGUUUCUAAGCCAGGGGUUUUACUAUGGGGCAGGGCUAUUAACCCGUUUUCUUAGGCUAAUAGGUGCUCUGUUACUCCUGGCUCUGGCCCUCUUUUUGGGCUGUCUACAGUUGGGCUGGAGGUUUCUGGUGGGGCUGGGUAACCGGUUAGGCUGGAGGGAUAAGGCCACCUGGCUCUUCUCUUGGUUGGAUUCUCUGGCCUUGCAGCGUUGUGUGACUCUACUGAGAGAUAGCAGGCCAUGGCAGCGGCUGGUAAGAAUAGUUCAGUGGGGUUGGGUGGAGUUACCUUGGGUCAAGCAGAGGUAUAAUAGGCAGGGGACUGCACCUGUAGCUAGUGGGCGCUACUGCCAGCCUGAAGAGGAAGUGGCUAGACUCUUGACCAUGGCUGGGGUUCCUGAGGAUGAGCUAAACCCUUUCCACGUGCUGGGGGUUGAAGCCACAGCUUCAGAUGUUGAACUGAAGAAGGCCUAUAGGCAGCUGGCAGUGAUGGUUCAUCCUGACAAAAAUCAUCAUCCUCGGGCUGAGGAGGCCUUCAAGGUUUUGAGGGCUGCUUGGGACAUUGUCAGCAACCCUGAAAAGCGGAAGGAAUAUGAGAUGAAACAAAUGGCAGAGAAUGAGCUGAGCCGGUCAGUGAAUGAGUUUCUGUCCAAGCUGCAAGAUGACCUCAAAGAGGCAAUGAAUACUAUGAUGUGUAGCCGAUGCCAAGGAAAGCAUAGGAGGUUUGAAAUGGACCGGGAACCUAAGAGUGCCAGAUACUGUGCCGAGUGUAAUAAACUGCAUCCUGCUGAGGAAGGAGACUUUUGGGCAGAGUCAAGUAUGUUGGGCCUCAAGAUCACCUACUUUGCACUGAUGGAUGGAAAGGUGUAUGACAUUACAGAAUGGGCUGGGUGUCAGCGUGUGGGAAUCUCCCCAGAUACCCACAGAGUCCCCUAUCACAUCUCAUUUGGUUCUCGGAUCCCAGGCACCAGUGGGCGGCAGAGAGCCACCCCAGAUGCCCCUCCUGCUGACCUUCAGGAUUUCUUGAACCGUAUCUUUCAAGUACCCCCAGGCCAGAUGUCCAAUGGGAACUUCUUUGCAGCUCCUCAGCCUGGCCCUGGGGCCACGGCAGCCUCCAAGCCCAACAGUACAGUACCCAAGGGAGAAGCCAAACCGAAGCGACGAAAGAAACUUGCUGAACUAAAGCAAGAAUGUCUUGCACGUGGUUUGGAGACUAAGGGGAUAAAACAAGAUCUCAUCAACCGGCUCCAGGCAUAUCUUGAAGAGCAUGCUGAAGAGGAGGCAAAUGAAGAAGAUGUACUGGGAGAUGAAACAGAGGAAGAAGAACCAAAGCCCAUAGAACUGCCUGUCAAAGAGGAAGAACCUCCUGAAAAAACUGUUGAUGUGGCAGCAGAGAAAAAAGUUGUAAAAAUUACAUCUGAAAUACCACAGACUGAGAGAAUGCAGAAGAGGGCUGAACGAUUUAAUGUACCCGUGAGCUUGGAGAGUAAGAAAGCUGCUCGAGCAGCUAGGUUUGGGAUUUCUUCAGUUCCAACAAAAGGUCUGUCAUCUGACACCAAGCCUAUGGUAAACCUGGAUAAGCUAAAGGAAAGAGCUCAAAGAUUUGGUUUGAAUGUCUCUUCAAUCUCCAGAAAGUCUGAAGAUGAUGAGAAACUAAAAAAAAGGAAGGAGCGAUUUGGGAUUGUCACAAGUUCAGCUGGAACUGGAACCACAGAGGAUACAGAGGCAAAGAAGAGGAAAAGAGCAGAGCGCUUUGGGAUUGCCUGAUGAAAAGUUUUGAUACUUUCUAUUUUCCAUUGGUUUCUAUUUCUCUGAUUCUUCUUGGUCAUAUAUUGUAAAGGCAGUCAUGUGCCUACAUCCUGCCACUCAGUGAGGGAGCAUGUACCCCAGGUACAUCUGUGAACUCCAGCAACAAUUUUUGACUUAUUGCUGUUCUAACUUUAAGGUUGUUGUGUUUUUUUGUUUUUAAUUAUUUUGCUUGUUAAUAAUAAAAAAAAAUAGAAAAGAGAA